AUGGAAGAUCAUCCAGGGGAAAUAAUGAAGUCCACAUGCGACAGAUUAUCCGAGUUGCCAAAACCCAUUUUGCACCAUAUACUCUGUUUCCUUCCCCAAGAGCACGCCGUCCAAACUUGCGCUCUAUCCAAAUCAUGGCGCGAUAUUGGCUGCACUCGCCCCAAGAUCGACUUUCGCCAUGACCGCAACAUAUGGGAUGAGGAUGUCUUCUUCAAAAGGGAUGAGGACAAGUUCUUGUUUGUUUUGAACAAGACGCUACAAGGUUACCAUGACCGUGGGAUUUCCGUACAGGAUUUUGUUGUCGAAAUGUUAUGGUUUGAUCCUAAAUUCAUUUCCCUGCUUGAAAAAUGGAUCCCCAUACUCAUGCUAAAUAUGGGCGUAAAAAGGUUUCAUCUUGAAUCCUUUUCUAACUACUUUGAUAUCCCAUCUGUCAUCUUUGAAGCCAAAUCCCUUGAGGAACUGCAUCUUGAGCGUUGCCGAAUUACUUAUCCAGACAAGUUGCUUUCCAAGAAAUUACAUAUUUUAUCGCUCGUCAUGGUAGAUAUCGGAGAUGAAGCUUUGCGUCAGAUAAUGUCGGGCUGCCCCUUGCUGGAACGCGUGGUCCUUUAUAGCUGUGACAGUUUCACAACCAUUAAGGCUCAUUAUAGUAAUCUAAAGCACUUUGAAUACAAUUAUUUUCGUGGUGAUAACCAUGUCGUCAUAGACAUUGAUGCACUGAGUUUAGAGAGCAUCCGUAUUGUGGGUGGAUUGAGAUGGCUUUACCUCGGUAAGUCCUUCCUUCAUCUGAAGUCCGUUUAUCUCGAGUAUGUCGUCCUCGACAAGAAGUUUUUUGAUACGUGCUCGGUUGACCUAUGCUGUCUUGAGGAUUUGGAAAUGCACUCUUGCAGUGUCCUUGAAGAGUUCCAGCUAUCGAGCCGCUCGAUUAAACGAGUUUUUUUUACAGUGGAUGGGCCCACCAAGGCAGUUCUUGACCUCCCAAAUAUACUUUGUCUCGACUUGCAUUGCAAUUUUUUCCCGUCAAUCUCGUUGUCAACAGAUUCCAGCGAGUGGAGAUCAGAUAUUCACUUGAUGUAUUCUCUUAUUCCCAAUAAUGAUAAUGAAGCUGCAUCGAUGUUUGACAAGUUACAUGAACUGCACAGGGCAUUGGGACAUUCUCGGAUUUCUAUGCACGUGAGUGAUUUUACUCAGGAUUUCGCAUUCAGUCAUGAGGGUCUUGGAGAACGUCCCGUGAUCGAGAGCUUGACUGUAGAGAAGAGCUCGUUUUAUUUUUUCCUCAAGGCUUUUUUUAAUUAUUUUUUUGGUAAUUUCCGGCCGAGAUAUUUAGAACAGUCUGUGUAUGCCGUUUCAGAGACUGAAGUGUAUGAAGAACAACCAGACACCAUUGAUGAAUUAAUGGCUCAAGUGUAUGGACCUCCGGUUACAGUUCCGGUGACUAUAAAGUAUGGAGGAGUCAAUGGACUCGUUGAUCUUUUGUGUGAUAUUUUUUUGAUGGAGAAUGAAAGGGAGAAUUACUAUUGGGGGCAGGAUUUAGAGGAAGUAAGCGUGGAGGCUCGUGAAGAGCAUGGAAAGAAAUGGCGUCCUUUACAAGGAGCGAAUAUAUCUGAAUCGGGGUUGCCGAACAAUGUGGAUCAACAGAUUCGCUUUCGACUAAAAUGGAGAGGGUGA